AUACAUACAUAUAAAGCACCCUUUCAAUUAUUUUAGUCAACAGGAGCAGGAACCAGCGUUUAAAAUAACCCUACUGAAUUUAUAUAUAAACCCUGCUUCUUCACUCUGGAUUGUCUGUUUGCUGUAUGUGUGUCUUUUUUUAUAUAUACAUGGGCUUUGAGACAUGAUGGACUUUGAUAAAGCGCUGAAUGCCCGAGGCGUUGUGAGUAAACCGGACAACUUGCUUGGAAUCUGUCGCCCUUUUGCUGUGCAUUCUCAGUUCAGAGAUCUGAAAGCAGUGUUUGGCCCCCUCUCCGCCUCCUGUUGAUCGGCGAGAACGGGGUGUACUGUCCACUGGAAACCUUCCCAACGCCCGGACAAGAGAGAGAGAGUGGAUUAACAGCGAGCGAUGCAAAGGACAGGGAAGAACGGAGCGGAGCUGGUUCGGUUGCCGGUCCCAGGAGAGGAAUAAAUUGACGGACUCCUGCGUUAAACUGCGACGCUGUGAGACUCAAGAGGGAUAAAAACUAAGAGCCAGGCACGGAAACGAACUCCCCGCCACCUCCCACCCUCCCUCCACAUCAACAACCCUCCCUCCCUCCCUAGAUGUUAGAAAACAAGGCAGCCGUGGAGAGGAGGGAAAUAAUCGCCUGAACUUUAUCUCCCCCCUCCCAGAAGCAGAUGUUCCGGCGCCUUGAUUUGCGGGAGGGGGGGACCAGAACGAGCCGAGGACGGAGUUAGCGGAGCUGCCCGCGUUUCAAUGGACCGCUGCUUUCUCUGAGCUGGGCGCCUGUUGUAGGGAAAGAGACACGAUGACCGCCGGUAGACGAUCUCUGAUGGCGCUAUUGCUCUGUCAGGUUUUAUUCGGGGGUUCGGCCGGACUCAUCCCCGAGGUGGGCCGCAGGAGAUUCGCCGAGCAGUACGCCAAUUCCGGCCGGGCACAGCCUCCCCCGCAGACCGAGGAGCUGCUGCAGGAGUUCGAGCUGCGGCUCCUCAACAUGUUCGGCCUCCGGCGCCGCCCUCACCCCGCCAGGAACGCGGUCAUCCCGCAGUACAUGGUGGACCUGUACCGGCUGCACACGGGCGAGGAAGCCGAACGGGGACAAGCGACCGACGCCUGGGCGCUCUCCCAGUUCCCCGAGAGGUCAGCCAGCAACGCCAAUACCGUCAGGAGCUUCCACCACGAAGAACUAAUGGAGGAGUUGCCUGGAGCCAGGGGAGAGGUAGUCCGUCGUUUUUUCUUCAACUUAAACUCUAUACCGAGGGAGGAGCUCAUCACCUCGGCAGAACUGAGGAUCUACCGCCAGCAGGAGCAAAAAGCCUGUGCUAAUGCCAGCAGUGGUCAUCAUCGCAUCAAUGUGUAUGAGAUUCUCAAAGCAACGGGUUCCUCGUCCACUGAUCCCAUUACCCGGUUGCUGGACACAAAGGUCGUGCAUCACAAUGUGAGCAAAUGGGAGAGCUUUGACGUCAGCCCUUCUGUUAUGAGGUGGACUGCGCAGGGCCAGCCCAACCAUGGGUUUAUGGUGGAAGUCGUUAACUUGGACAAGGAGUGCAGACAUUCAAAGCGACAUGUCAGGAUCAGUCGGUCUUUGCAUCAAGAUGAAGAAAGCUGGCCUCAAAUGAGGCCUUUAUUGGUGACGUUUAGUCACAAUGGCAAAGGGCACACUCUUGAGAAAAGAGUGAGGCGUCAGGUCAAACACAAGCCGAAGAAGAGGUCCAAGUCGAGCUGCAAACGACAUCCUUUAUAUGUGGAUUUCAGUGACGUGGGGUGGAAUGACUGGAUAGUGGCACCUCCGGGAUAUAAUGCCUUUUACUGCCAAGGAGAGUGCCCUUUUCCACUGGCAGAUCACUUAAACUCAACAAACCAUGCCAUUGUGCAGACAUUGGUGAACUCAGUCAAUGCAAACAUUCCCAGGGCAUGUUGCGUCCCCACAGACCUCAGUCCCAUUUCGAUGCUUUAUCUUGAUGAAUACGACAAAGUUGUAUUAAAGAACUACCAAGAUAUGGUUGUGGAGGGUUGUGGAUGUCGUUAAAGCAGAAAUUUAUCAAAAAAAACUUGACACUUUACUAUUUCCCAAUGAAGACACUAUUUAUAUUAAAAAAAAUUAACAAAAUAGAAGCAUCUAUUUUGAAAAUAUAUUUAUGGUUACUUAAAAAGAAAUUGGGAAAAUAAAUAUUUUAAUCAGAGAAUUGUUCCUUUUAAAUGAUGUUUAAUUGUAUUUCAGAUGUACAUGUUUAUAUGGGUUUAACCCCCAACACAUGAAGUAUAAUGGUCGAAUUCCUAUUUUGUAUUUAUUGCAAUUGUAACCACUUUUUAGAAAAUAGCUAAUUUGUAUUUAUAUGUAAUCAAAGAUAAAUAUAGGGUUUGUACAUAAAUUGCCAAUCCA